AUGGCUACUCGACGGCUCGCCACAUGGGCGCACAACCUCCAAUACUCGGACCUUCCAGAAGAUGUAGUCCGCGCAGCUAUUCGAAGCUUCUACAAUUGGGUUGGCUGCACUAUAGCAGGGAGUCAGCAUGAAGCUACAAAGAUCGCUCAUCGAACAUUAUCUCCCUUCUUCGGCGCACCUUCAGCGUCGCUACUCGGACACCAUGGAGAUUCACGCUUAGAUGCUCAGCACGCGGCGUUGAUUAAUGGUAUAGCAUCACACGUCCAUGAUUAUGACGACACGCACCUCGACACCAUUAUUCAUCCGACAGGACCUGUUGCGAGUGCUCUGCUUGCUGCCGCUGAGUGGAGAGGUGGUAUCUCAGGGAAGCAGUUCAUCGUAGCUCUCGUGGCUGGUAUAGAAGCUGAGUGCAAAGCUGGGCUCGCUGUCUGGCCAGAACAUUACGAUGUUGGCUGGCAUAUUACCUCCUCCGUCGGUUCAAUUGGAGCAGCAGUUGCGGUCUCAAAGGUCCUAAGGCUAUCUCCAACAAAGACCACCCAUGCAAUUGGUCUCGCAGCAACUCAAGUCACAGGUCUCCGAGAAAUGUUUGGUUCACAUUGCAAAUCAUUCCACAUCGGCCGUGCAGCUCAGAAUGGCCUACUGGCUGCUGUCAUGGCUGAAGGAGGCUACACUAGCAGUGAGGGCGCAUUGGAAACGAAACGUGGCUGGGCUGCAGUCGUGGGAACCAACAAGCCACACGUGCUCCAGAACUUGGAUCGUUGGCUCGGAACUGAGAAUGAGGAUGGCUUAGCUGCUACAGGCACCGGCCGCUGGGAGAUUCUGAGGAAUAGCUUCAAGCCAUUCCCGUGCGGGAUUGUUAUCCAUCCAGUCAUCGACGCUUGUAUACAAUUACACGCGGAACUGACGAGAGAGGGACAUGACCCAGCGCAGAUCAAGUCCGUCACGGCACAAGUCCACCCUCUUGUCCUGGAACUCACCGGGAAGAAGACUCCAAAGGAUGGUUUAGAGGCCAAGUUCAGCGUCUAUCACAGUGGCGCCUGUGGCCUCCUUCUCGGCAGAGCCACACCAUCAGAGUAUGAAGAUGAUGUUGUACUCGAUCCUGCCGUCAUUGCUAUUCGCGACCGCAUCACAGCAAAUAUCGAUACAGGCGUCGCAGCAGACGCGGCAAAGGUUACUUUUGUACUUGAAAACGGAGAGUCAUUCACAAAGUACGUUGAGCAUGCGAUUGGCAGUCGCGUGAAUCCUCUGGGCGACGAGAAGCUGCGUGAGAAGUUUAUAGAUGGAUGCAAGAGCGUUUUGACUCGCGACAUUGAAGCAGUGAGCCAACGGUGCUGGGGAUUGGAGCAUUUGGAUGAUAUGCGGGAGCUCAUAGAGUAUCUCGCCGCUAAUCAAACAUCUGCUUCCAAGCACGCAACUUCAAAAUGCCGUCAAGUUUCUGGAGAUAUCUUGUUCAACGACCAAUUCCAACUCUAUCCAUCGUUCUUUCGGUGGGAUGAUCAGCGCUGCGUUCUAUAUCUCAGCUCAAUCUACAAUGCGAGUAUCGCCGUCUGGGACCCUUACAGCUCCUCACUCCAGCGAAUUAUUUCUAUCCCUGGAAUAACCCACAGCCUAGACAAAAGACUCUCUGGGACUAUUAUCGACCCCACAAACAACGUCCUGUCUGCUGUCGUAGAGGCCGCUUCAUUCUUUACAAGUGCGGGAAACGAUGUGAGCGGUGAUAACUUUGUCGUCAAGGUCGAUCUGAACACUUUUGAGACAAAGAAUAUUAACCUGACGGCCGUCACUAAGGGCCAGUACGGGGCGUUUCUUGACAUCGAUAAUGGCCUUGAUGGAGAUCUUUAUGUCAACGGUGCUUAUCCAUCCAGUAUCCUUCACGUUGACUGCAAGGAUAAACUCUCCCCUUUCUACGUCCGCGAACCAACUACUCCUCCGCGUUCUUUUGGCUUUGGAGGCGUGGUUCGCGUAGGUCACGAUCUCAUAGUCAGCGACAAUACCAACCACCAGCUCGCCAAAUUCGAUAUUCACAGUGCCCAUCACUCACCCAUCGUCAUCCCACAGACGAACUAUCACAAUUUCUCCGGUGGAAGUUCCCUCAGCCUACCUGAUCGGUACGGCGGAAAGGUUAUGUUGAUGGCAGAAGAUGUCAUUGAUAAGAACACAUGUGGGGUCUCUGUGUUUAGCUCAAAGGAUAGCUGGAAAACAGCGAAGUUUGUGGGCUUUAUUGAGAGUGUUGACAGGAAGUUGUACCCUGCUUCUGUGGCUCUGAGUCAAACCUCUGCGCAUGAGCUUGGCGAGCGGAUUUACUCGAGCGUCUUGUUCUACGAUAAUAAGGUUAACCCGACGAUGGCGGGCAACCGGAGUGACUUUGCGUUGCGGGAUAUCACGGAUUCGGUUGACUCCCUGCUAAAGGCAAAUGGGUUCCAUAUAUAG